CAUAACAAUCGCAAUAUGUACAAAUAAAAUAAACAACUAACGAAAUAUAGAAUUAUUAUUUUAAUUUCCUUAUAUUACAAUUUUAACAGAUUUUUCUGUAAAAAUAAAAAACAAAACCGGACAAAGAUGCGAUACGGACAAAUUGUAAUGGGUCCUGCAGGAAGUGGCAAAUCAACUUACUGUUCCAUGAUUCAGAGGCAUGCACAGGAUUCAAAACGUGUUAUUGAAGUUGUAAACUUAGACCCAGCUGCAGAGAAUUUCGAUUAUACUCCUUUGGCAGAUAUUCGCGAUUUAAUACAACUAGACGAUGCAAUGGAAGAUGAAGAAUUGCACUUAGGGCCAAACGGUGGUUUGGUGUUUUGUUUAGAAUAUUUAAUUGAAAACCAGAAUUGGUUGAAAGAUCAAUUAUGUGGAGGAUCUGAUGAAGAUAUUGAUGCUGACCCCGAUGAUGAUUAUAUUUUAUUUGAUAUGCCAGGUCAAAUAGAGCUUUAUACACAUUUGAAUAUGGGUAAACAAUUAGUUGAGCUUCUCCAGUCUUGGAAUUUUCGUAUAUGUACUGUAUUUUUGGUUGAUUCACAAUUUAUGAUUGAUGGUGCGAAAUUUAUAUCUGGGACAAUGGCUGCUUUGAGCGUAAUGAUAAAUUUAGAAGCUCCACAUGUAAACGUGUUGACAAAAAUGGAUCUUUUAAGCAAAAGUGCUAGAAAUCAAUUAGAUAAAUACUUAGAGCCUGACCCAAAAGCCUUGUUGGGAGAAAUAACUAAAGAAUCGGCAUGGGGUCGAAGACAUAGAAAAUUAUCAGAAGCUAUUGGAAAUUUAAUAGAAGAUUUCAGUUUGGUCCGUUUUAUACCGCUUAACAUGAAUGAUGAAGAAACUGUAGAUGAUUUACUGUUACAAAUUGAUAACGUAAUACAAUAUGGAGAAGAUGGAGAUGUAAAAAUUCAAGAUUUUGACCCGGUUGAGGAAAAUGAAAACGAAGAAAAUGAUUAACUU